AUGUACAGCCAUUGGGAUUCUAGAGCACAGACCGUCAGUAAGCUCAAGUGGUACAAACUUUCCGAUUUGAUCAAUUACUGUCAUGGUGUGCGCGAUUAUGUAAUUGGGAGUACUGCAAAAUUGUCGUUGUCGUAUAUGCCAAAGCUUCAAGCACAAGAAAUAUUCUUUGGCCAACGAUUGAGGUUUCCCGAAGAUGAAAUUUACCUGUCUGAAGGUGUCGGUGAAUGGAACAUUCGUAUCGAUCGGCUCGCACUCAUCCUCAGUACUCUCUUCAGCACCAACAAAAUCGAGAGAAAAUAUCCAGACAUAACAACCCAAGGUGAAGCUGAACUUGUGGUUCUGAGCUGUAUUGAUGAUAUCCUCAAGGCCAUAGAGCUUCAUAAUGAUGUCUUUGACCAGGUUGAAUUUGAAAGGCGCUAUGAAUUAGCUUGGGGAGUGUUUUCCUCAGAAUAG